CUGACUUCACAAUCACAAUGACCUAAUCACAUAGAAGAAAAACUCUGUGAGUAAAUAAAUAAAUAAAUUGGUAAGUGUUACAGUGCAAGCGUAUUUUUCAGUUAAUUUAGUAUGUAGCCAUACUAGAAGUUUGUUAUUAUUGUACCGUUGUGUGGUUCAACUGUUAUUGGCAAGACGCUAAAUCAGAAAAUCAAGCCAGAAGCGGACAGUGGGAAAAGCACGAUAAUACGAGUUAACUCUUGAUGAAGUAAUUAAACGAUUGGAGACCACUAGACCUUAAAUAUCCAAUUGAAGUAGUUUGCUGUAAUAUGGAGGGCACUGGUGACUAUCCAUAUAACAAUCAGGUGAGACGCAACACAGAGGAGCAUGUUCUGUCCCAGACUCAUGAUGUGUUUGUCAGCUGUGUGCAGGAACGUAUUCGCAUAGACGUAGAGAGAGAUGAGUCGAGACUGACUCCCAGUACACCUAGAGGAACCUUUCAAGAGUUAACCAGAACAGUACAUUAUAGAGAUAGGAGCGCUGCUGAUAUUGGACGCAGACUGGCAGAAAUGGGGGAUAAAAUAUUCCAAGAGCACUCAAAAGAAUUUAAGGACAUGAAACGGGAGCUUGAGAGCAAAAAAACUAGCACUUAUGACUCUUUUAAGCUUAUUGCCCAAAGAAUCUUUGUUGACAAAGAGGUACAUUGGGGAAGAAUUUCAGCACUGUUCUCGUUUGGCUACUACCUGUUCAAAGAUGUGAUAUGGCACGUUGCUAGCAACAUAGCACAAGUUGUUACGGACAUUGCUUCAAGUAUUGCUCGUGUCUUUAAAGAUAGUGUGCAUGGAAUCGCUCAGUGGAUUGUACGGCAGGGUGGCUGGAGUUCUGCGAUAAGUGUUUCUGGGCCAUCUAAUCGUCCUGUGGUGUUCUGGGGAAUAAUAGGGGCUGCUGCGGUUACCAUAGGGGCGGUUGUGUGGCUGAAGAGUGGAAAGUGACCUCACCUCAAAAACAGUGCCAAAUGUGCUACAUGUAUUGAUGACUCACUAAAAUGAGCAUCGUUAAAGGAAAACUGGGUUUAAACCAUUGCUUAAAGUGACAUCCCAGAUAAGCCUGUGAAGUCCGCUUAGCUGGAUUUUCAUUUAGAAGAACGAAAUUCCUGAGAAGGAAAUUGUGUUGUCCCUGAUUUUCCUGUGCAGACUACAUAGACUAAUCAGGGAUGACACUUUAUGCACAUGCAUUACGCCCAGUUUUUACAGAACCUGGCUCAAGUAAUGAAGUUAUAUUUUAAUCAUUUGUAUAAGAUCAUAUUGUUCAUGUUAAGAUGAAAUCAAAUUACCAUAUUGUAUAAACUCCUUAUGAUUUUAUUCUAUUGUUUUAACAAGUUGGGUACUGUAUACAAAAUAAAUACAAUUGUGGUAUGACAAGUGUGCUAUUUAUAAAAGUGCUUCUCGUGUGACUUGUUUUAUAUGUGCUAUAUUAUUCAAACUUUUUAUUUGAUGUUCCUUCUUGUCAAAAUCUGUUAAAGUGAGUUGUCUUUUCUUUUAAGUCUUUCUCACAACUAAUGCAAUGAAACUAUUUAAGCAUUAAAUUUAUAAUUAAAUUCUGUUGACAAGAUAUUUUACUUGUUCAAUUUUUUGAAUGUCAGUUCUGGAUCUGAAAAAUUAUGGCAUGUAUGCAAUGGGCAAUUUCAAAAACAGAUGUCUUUGUAUGUUUUUGGUUAGAAUGAUACAUUUUGUUAAUAUUUUUCAUAUAAUGUUUGUUCUUUAAAACAAGCAUAUUUAUGGCAUUAUCAUUCACAUUUCCUAUACAACUUUGGUGCAUAUGAAUUUACACUUGAAUAUUGUUGCUCAAAUUAUGUCGUAGAAGUCUUCAUUUGAAAUGAGAUUUACAGUGUCUUCAACCCCCCCCCCCCCCCCCCCCCCCCCUACACACACACACAUGAGCACCCAUGGUGGCUGUAUUAGGAAUGUUUCAAAUGGUAGACUGGUAGUGGUGAUUAAUUUGUUUACUCCUUUUGUAUGAUUUUUUAACCAGGUUUUUCCGAAGGAAAAAACUGGUUAUUAGAUUGGCGAAUGCGGGCGGGCUGGCUGACGGGCGGGCGGAACAAGCUUGUCCGGGCCAUAACUAUGUUGUUCAUUGUCAUAUUUUAAAAUCAUUUGGCACAUUUGUUCACCAUCAUUGGACGGUGUGUCGCGCGAAAUAAUUACGUCAAUAUCUCCAAGGUCAAGGUCACACUUUGAGUUCAAAGGUCAAAAUUGGCAAUAAAUGAGCUUGUCUGGGCCAUAACUAUGUCAUUCAUUGUGAGAUUUUACAAUUAUUUGGCACAUUUGUUCACUAUCAUGGGACGGUGUGUCGCACGAAAGAAUCACGUCAAUAUCUCCAAUGUCAAGGUCACCACAACUUAAAAUAGAUUUAUUUUGAAACAAACUUACAAAGGGGGUUAAUUUUGUUUGUUCAUUUCUUAAGUUCAGUUUGAGUUGUCUCCCUUAAUCAGAUUUUUUUUCACAAUGAAAACCUGGUUUUGUGACAAUUUUGUCCCUUGUUUUUAUUCAUUUCACAAGAUCUCAUUUUAUUUCUGGGACAUCUUGAAUAUAAUGCUCAUUUUAUACUGCUUGAAUCUAUAUAAAGGAGUGAAAGCUUUCUUAGGGCUUUCUCUGCUGUAGCCAGAUGGCUACAGACUAACCUAACCAAUUGGGCGAAUAAAUUUUCUUAACCUACAACUUUGCUUCAUAAAGCACAUACAAUUGCUUAAAUUAGAAGUAUUUUGCCAUAAAUGGGCUAUUUUGGUAAAAAACAUGAGCCGGAGGAGGCCCUUAUUGCAUGUGAUGCCCAUUUUUAAAUGUUUAAAAUAAUUAUUAAGCCCCUCUCCACAAUUUAAAAAAAAGAACAAAAACUUAACACUAAUUGUUUCUUAUCCAUGUCUUACAGACCAAAAUACAUGAAAAAGGAUAUUUACUUAAUUACAACUGAUAUCCUUUUAUUUAAAUUUAAGUAAUUAUUUACAGUGGACUGGGGCUCUUUUGAUUUGUUAUCGCACAGAAGAUGUUUUUUAAAAUAUAUUAUUUGGUCUUUCAGUUGUCUGUAUUUUAAGAUAGAUGUUAGAUAACUGCAAUGAAAUUGUAGGCGUAAAAUAUUGCUUCUUUAUGUUUCUUUAAAAAUUGGAUGUGAACUAGAAUCCCACUUCGAAAUUAAAAACAUAGUUGCUGGAAGGUCAAACUAUUAAACAUGAAAUUGUUAAAAAUAUAAUAGUAUAUACUUAAUGUUACCAUUGUUGUAAUGUUUGACAGAGAGGGUAUAUUGAAAGACGGUUUUAAAUUUACUAUUGCAUGUCAUACAGCGCCUUCAGGGAUUGAUAACAAUUUUUUUCUACAUUACAUUUUAUGAUUAUCUCGUCCCUGUUUAUUUUUUAACUUUCGUAACUAUUACCUUUUGUACCAUGUAUACCCAUAUUUUAAAAGUUAACCUCAGAGUACCAAUGAAAAUGUCUGUUACAUAUCAACUUUGGCAUUAACUUACAUAUAUUACAUAUUAAAAGAUUUUUAGCUAGUGUUAUCACCCUAUUUCCUGCGUCUGUCAUCAUGCUGCAUGCGUUGUCAACAUUUGUCACAUUACCACUCUAGAGGCUGUAUUUUUCAUCCAAUCUUGAUAAAGCUGCAGUGCCUGGAUAAUAUUCAGAACCAGUUCAAAUCAUGGUCACAUGCAUCCAAAACUAGGUCAUGUGUCAAAAUGUUUGGAAAACCUUGUUACAAUUAUAGAGGCCAUAUGAAUGACUCUAUUUCAAUGAAGCUUGUUCAGAAACUUUAUCUUUACAAUAUAAGGCCCUGUUUGUGGCACUUGCGUUCGAAAACAAAGUCACAAUGAAUGUCAAGUCUUUGACAAAAUCUUGUUAUAGCUCUAGAGACUUCACUUAUUACUCAACCUUUAUGAAACUUUGGUUAGAAUGUUUAUCUUGACAUUUUGGAGAUUUACUUAAAAUCUUGGUGAAAUUUUUGUUUUAUUAUCUAGGUCAAAACUGUUUUACCUUGGCAGAUUUUGAAUCUGGGUCAUAUGUGCAAACUAGGUUAAGCUCUCGAGGGCCAUCAGGGUUGUCUUGGUUACUUGCAGACCAAAAAAAUCACCCGAUAAUGUAUCAAGAUUUCAGGGCUUUUAUUUAUAGUUCAUUUAAAGAGAGAUAACUCAAAUAAUGCCAAUAAAGUAAGUCACACAAAAAAGACCAAACAAUUUAUUUGUUUUAAGCUUUAGUAAACAUGCAUGUAUGUAUUUAAUUUACCAUUCCAAAGUGAGUAUACUCUACCUUCACAAUUGCUCAUACAAUGGAGGAUUAAGGGGUUUGUAUUUGCACAAUGUAUAAGAAAGCUGUUAUGUUUUUAUAUGUAUAAAUAAUUCCCUGCUGCAAAGCAGUAUGGGGGUUAAAGUAAAACUAUUAGUCUAUCUGUCUUUAACACUUUUGGCCGCUCCGUAUCUCAUAUGCCAUUUGACAGAUUUUCAUGAAACAUACCUAAAAUUCUGAGGGCGUUUAGACAAUUUGCAGAACGCAUAUGUCUGUCAAAAAGGGUCAAGAUCAACAUCAUUUUGUAGUCAUUUCCAUAUCUCCAAUGACUUUGGAAGGAUUUUCAUGAAACUUGCUUUAAAUGUUGAGAGCAAUUAGUCCAUGUGCAGAAGGUAUGAGUCAGCCAUGCUUUCUUAACCCAUGGUUGUACUGUAAGGUCAAAGGUUUGAGCCUCUAUUUGUUUUAAUGCUGCCCCUGAAGGAUUUCAUGAAACUUGCAUCAAAUGCCAUGUUUAUGGUCAUGAUUGUACUUAAAGGUCAAAGGUUUGAGCCACCAUUCAUGUUAUAUGAUACCCUUUAAAGAAAGUUAAUGAAACGUUCCUCCAAUGUUGAGAGCAAUCAGACAAGGUGCAGAAAGGGUGAGUCAGGCAUGUCAGCUCUAGGUCAAGGUAAUUUUCACAGUCAACAGUUUCAGCCUUUUUCUCAUUUCUGUUCCAUUCCUCCUUUACCCAUUGAUUUUAUUCAACCUUUGCGGCAAUGUUUAGAUUUUAGUCUUGGUAUCAAAGGGUAUUUGUCUCUUGGACUGCCUUGUCUCAAUUAGGUGACAAUCAAGGCCAAUUUUGCUCAGGAUUUGAUUUUCAUGGUUUUGCAUGAUUUGGUGAAUGUUAAAAGACAGUCUUAAUUUAGUUGUAUUUAAAAUAUGUGAACAAAAGAUGGUGCAUAAUGUGAUAAGUUUUGAAAAAAUAAGUUCAUUAAACGUUUGCAAUGUGAGCAGGGUAUUUGAUUUACUAUGACAUACCUAAUGGUGCAGGUAUUCUUUGUGCAGUAUCAUGCAUUAUUUUCCAAAUCCGUUCUACAUUUUUUCAUUUUAAUUGUACAUUUUAAAUUGUGCAUGCAUAUUGUUGCAACAUAAUUAAAACUUCUUGGUUAUUGUUCAAUGUUAAUUUUGCAUAUGCAUUUUGAUUCACAGAAACUAUGUUUUUGUCUAUGAACUGCUAUCUGAUUUUAGUCUUGGUAUCAAAGGGUAUUUGUCUCUUGGACUGCCUUGUCUCAAUUAGGUGACAAUCAAGGCCAAUUUUGCUCAGGAUUUGAUUUUCAUGGUUUUGCAUGAUUUGGUGAAUGUUAAAAGACAGUCUUAAUUUAGUUGUAUUUAAAAUAUGUGAACAAAAGAUGGUGCAUAAUGUGAUAAGUUUUGAAAAAAUAAGUUCAUUAAACGUUUGCAAUGUGAGCAGGGUAUUUGAUUUACUAUGACAUACCUAAUGGUGCAGGUAUUCUUUGUGCAGUAUCAUGCAUUAUUUUCAAAUCCGUUCUACAUUUUUUCAUUUUAAUUUUACAUUUUAAAUUGUGCAUGCAUAUUGUUGCAACAUAAUUAAAACUUCUUGGUUAUUGUUCAAUGUUAAUUUUGUAUAUGCAUUUUGAUUCACAGAAACUAUGUUUUUGUCUAUGAACUGCUAUCUGAUUUGUACUCCACAAAAUGGAUUACUUUCAAGAAUGAAUUUUCAAUACAACUGCAUCAUGAGAAUAUUGGCUUUAUGCCAUAUGCCUCAAAUAUACCUCCAAACCAGCCCGGGGAAUAGCGUGGCCUCAGGCUAGCUCCUCACUAGAUUAUGCAGAUGUGCAUAAGUCCCAUUUUCACACUUAGCGGGUCAUAUAAUCUUUAACCCUUAAAGCGCUGGAGCUGAAUUUUAAAGGCCUUUGCAAACAGUUUGGAUCCAGAUGAGACGCCACAGAACGUGGCGUCUCAUCUGGAUCCAAACUGUUUGCUAUUCUGAUAGUAUUCUUUGAAAAAAAUUCGAAGAAAAUGCUAAUUUUAGAAAUUCAGCAGACGACAUUUUAGCAGACGACAAAUUUCCCAGCAUGCAAAGGGUUAACCCAUCAGUCUGUUCAUCCGCAAUGCAGUACAGGCUUGUAUAUUGAUCAAUAAUCCUUUGUUUUAUUAGUGCAUGCAUACCUUUUUGAAAACUAAAUGAUAUUUUCCAGAUAUAAUUUUCCAGUUUGCAGAUAUGAAAUCGAUAUGUUUUCAUUUUAAUGUUUCAAGCAAUGGUGUCCAAUAUGUACUGUGUAUGGUUUCCCUCUUUUUUGUACAUACAUGAUUGUUAAAUUUGAAAGCAUUUAUAGCUAAAUCAUAAUUAUACAGCUUAAACAAAUAGUUUUGUUAGUGAAAAUAUGAAAAUGUAGCAUUAUAAAGCCCAAAAAAUUAUUUGUACAAAUUGGUUGUAUUUAAUGCAUGUAUGUGUACAAGCAAGUCUUUGUGAUGAUAAAAUGUGAUAAACACUGUAUCAAAUGCUGUGUCUGUGGAACAACGAAUAUGCUUGAUUUACAUGUUUUGCUGUGUUGCAGGUUUUAUUCGAUUUCAUACAUAUUAAAGUAACAGUGUUUGUUACCAAAUAAUGCAUAUUUUAAUAAUGUAAUAAAGAAAAUUAUCAGAUAGUUA